GCGGUGACUGGUUGCCGAGAGGCGGGGCGGCUCGACCGCUGGGGAAGUAGGCGCAGCUGUGAGGCGAGCCAUGGGUCAGGCGGCCAAGGUUUUACAGCUCUUUAAAACACUGCACAGGACCAGACAACAAGUUUUUAAAAAUGAUGCUAGGGCACUAGAAGCAGCCAGAAUAAAGAUAAACGAAGAAUUCAAAUGUAAUAAAAGUGAAACUUCUCCUAAGAAAAUAGAAGAGCUAAUAAAAAUAGGUUCUGAUGUUGAAUUGAUACUCAGAACAUCUGUUAUACAAGGUAUUCACACAGACCACAAUACGCUGAAAUUGGUCCCUAGGAAAGACCUUCUUAUAGAAAAUGUGCCAUAUUGUGAUGCACCAACUCAGAAGCAAUGAAUUUUUCUAGAAUAAAAUUGUCUUUAUCAUUUUUAAUUUUAAAAUAUAUAACUCUGGCUAAACUCCUGGAAAUGCAAGUAUUUUUCUCUGAA